AGGGAUCCCAGCUUGUCAGAACCAUGGCCAGAGCGCUGAGAGGCAGUGAACGCCAGUCGUCUGUCGAACGUUAGUUCGGCCGCAGAGUAGUACGGAGACGCUCAAGCCGAGAAGAAGUGUUUGCGGCCAACAUUUCCCCCAAGCCAAUGUUAACUUUCGGAUAGUGACGUUUGCUGGUCUCUCUGGCGUGUCGGGGGCUAGCUUUCCGUUGACCUGCCUGUGUUCUGCGGUGGAAAUCGCAAAAAUGUCGUCUCCAAGUCCGGGCAAAAGGCGAAUGGACACCGACGUGGUGAAACUCAUCGAAAGCAAACAUGAAGUUACCAUCCUCAGUGGACUCAACGAAUUUGUAGUAAAGUUUUACGGACCGCAGGGAACGCCGUACGAGGGCGGCGUGUGGAAAGUGCGAGUGGAUCUGCCCGAUAAAUACCCCUUCAAAUCGCCAUCAAUAGGAUUCAUGAACAAAAUCUUUCAUCCCAACAUCGACGAAGCGUCAGGAACGGUGUGUUUAGAUGUCAUCAACCAGACGUGGACAGCCCUUUACGACCUGACCAACAUCUUUGAGUCGUUCCUGCCACAGCUGCUGGCCUACCCCAACCCCAUUGACCCUUUGAACGGAGACGCGGCCGCCAUGUACCUGCACAGGCCAGAGGAGUACAAGCAGAAAAUCAAAGAGUACAUCCAGAAAUAUGCAACAGAGGAGGCACUAAAGGAGCAAGAGGAGGGGGCGGGCGACUCUUCAUCCGAAAGCUCCAUGUCCGACUUCUCCGAGGACGAGGCCCAGGAUAUGGAGUUGUAGUAGCGGACGUCGUCCUCCCCCUGCAAGCCCCGCCCCCCCCCCCCCCCACCCCACAGAGACUAUAUUUGAUUUCCUAACCCCAUGACAAAGCAGACUUAUAAUAUUCAUAUUUAAACACCUUGAUUUUUUUAUUAUUAUUAUUGUUACUAAACAAGGAUUUUUACAAAUAUCUAGAUUCCUCCUCCCCUCCCCUUUCGGCAUCGCUUCCUCACCCCCACCUUUUUUUUUUUUUUUCUUGUGUGUGUGUGUCAAAGGGGUUGUGGCGCCCAACGCAAAGACAGUAUUUGAACAAAGACGAACAAUCACGCACAGGGUAUGUCGCUAUGCUCACGGACGGAUGCGACCCCGUUUUUUGGAUGCCGGCUUGGCAGUUACUCACUUUUUUUUGCGGGGGAGGGUCACCAGAACAAACGACGUCAUCAAACAUGACGCCGCUGCUCUGAGCACGCUUUGGAUUCACCCGAGGUCCGUUUUCACCCCGUUUUCAUUUCGCCUCAGUUUUACCCCGAUGCAGGAAGGAAGGAGACGAGAUGUUUGGAUUUUUUCUCUUUUUUUUUUCUUUUCACAUUUGUGUGUCUACAGUACCAAACACGGCAGUCCAAGUGCUCGGAGAGGACCUCGCAAUGUAUUCCCCCUUCCGAGAAUGCAGUAGUGUGGAUCCCAGCUCAACUCCCUUCCUUCGUGCCUCGUCAACAACAGUUUAAAAAAAAAAAAAAAAAAAAAAAAGGAAGGGGAUAAAGGAGAGAAAAAAAAAAGCACAUUUGGUACUCCUCUUCCUCUUUGGACAAUCUCCACUUCGAUGGAUGCUAACACAUAGCUAGUUCGGAGUUGCAAGUCCUCCAAAUAGAUAGCAUUCAUAUGGCUUUAGUCAGAUUUUUUUUUUUUUUUUUUUUUAUUUUUUUUAAGUUAGCUGGCGUCUGUCGUGUGAUGAUAGGUAUAAGAUGCUUCAUUUGUACAGAUGUUUCCUAGCGUAGUCCAUCCAAAACAAGAGGCACAUGGAAAGCUGGCACCACGUCCUUGGUUUGCAUUGCGUCCGCGGUACAUUUAAAGAGUGUAGCGGGAUGCAGGUUCUUUUUUUUUUUUUUCCUCCUAAGAUGAUUUUGGAUGAGAGCCCACUCAGGAUAACCUAAAAAGGUCGUAUUCAGAUUCGUAUUCAGCUUUCGAAUUUUCUCUGGAAGCUGCCAAAAUAGCGUUCUUACUCCCCCUCCUUUUUUUUUCCUGUCAUUCUUAAUCCUAACCACCAAACAGCAAUGUCGUGAACUUGAAGAGAGUUUUUUGUUUUAAAAGUAAUCCAGAUUGGAAUUCUUGCUUUUUAGAUUGUUGAAUAAGAGAAACAUAAAAAAAAAGCCCCUUGAAUUGUAACCUUUUGGGAAAAAAAACAAAACCAAAAAACAAACAGCUCUCUUUAUGUUGAAGUCAUACUUUUGCUUUUUAAGAAGCAUUUUGCAUCUGCUGGGUAAUAAAGUGAUCAUAUACUCA